UAUUGCUUUGCUUUUUCAUUUGUGGAAGGAAUUGAAAAGAAAGAAAAAUGGGUGCACUUGAUUACCUCUCUAACUUUUGCACUGUAACCACCACUAGGUCCAAGCACAAAGCAAUGCAGACAGUUGAGAUCAAAGUGAAAAUGGACUGUGAUGGUUGUGAAAGAAGAGUCAGAAAUGCAGUUACUUCAAUGAAAGGAGUAAAAUCAGUGGAAGUGAACAGAGAAGAAAGCCAUGUGGUAGUGAGUGGAUAUGUAGAUCCAAACAAGGUGUUAAAGAGAGUUCGGAGCACCGGAAAAGUAAGAGCAAAGUUCUGGCCAUAUGUGGAGCAGCACCUUGUCUCUUAUCCUUAUGCCACCGGUGCCUAUUCCAAAAGGGCUCCCUCUGGCUAUGUCCGCAAUGUUGAUCAAGCUUUUCCUUCUUCUCAUGAUCCUCAAGACAAAGUUGCUGACUUUUUCAGUGAUGAAAAUGUCCAUGCAUGCUCUAUCAUGUAAUCCUCAUAUAUCUAAUUAAUAUUAAUAAUAUUGUUAUAAGACAAAAUUAUUACACUCA